CCGCCUGCGCCCUGUUGUGUUGCUCUGCGCCGCGUGGCCGCAGUCCGUGGAUAACAUGUCCCGUGCCCACGCAGACCUGAGCGCCUCUGACUGACACCAGGGCAGCGGACGCCUCGGCUAUGGUGGAAAACCUUUGAGCGCAAAAUAAUACAGUUGGAGUCUCAAGAGGGAGGCGGUGGGCAACUCUUGGAGCUCUUGGCAGCGGCUGAGACGGAGCUGCGCUUUUCCUGGAGAGACCUCGGCAGCGAGCGAUCAGGACUGAGGACGCGCACUGCCGCACCAAACUUUUUAAAAACCGGAAUUUCCUGGGUCGGGUUCGUGCUGCUUCAGGGAUAAAUGAUCACCUCAACCAGAAGAGUGUCUCCCGAUAAAUCUGAAGUUAGGAUCGCCUUCAGCCUCGACGACACAUCAGAUGUAAAAGAUGUGGAGGACCUCCCUCAGACUUUCCCGGACCUUGAACAGCGAUUACAGCCAGUGCCCCCCUGUGUGUCUCUGAGAGAGAGCGUCCAGGUGUACAAGGAACACUGCAGGAUGGCGAGAGAGUUCCACCAGGUCAAACAUGAGAUCGCCAUGCUUGAGGACCGCAAGCGCAAGUUGCUGGCAGAGCUGGUGGAGGAUGAGAAGGUGGCCAUGGAAAUCGCCCGUCUUGAGGAGGAGUUUCGGCGUCUAACGGAGGAGAACCGCACCUUGGUGACCGUCCACGACGAGCGCGCCCGGCAGCUGGAGAGCCUCUGCUUGACCAACCGAACGAGGCAGGACUCCUCGUGACCCCUUACCUCCGCGGAACCUGAGACCUUUUGAGCACCCAGCUGACGCCAGGCCAGGAAAACUGAGCAGAAACAACGGCUCAGCUGGCGCUCGUUCUACACAGUCAGUGAAUCAGCUAAUUACACAGAAAGGCCAUGUUUAUUCAUGUCUGAGUCAUUUGUUUGAACCACAGACUGUACUGUCAUCAUCAGUGUGAAGUUGUUAUAGUGAUUGUACCGAGCUAUGACACAAGGCCGCUCCUCUGGGCGAUGUUUUGUUCUCAUAUGAUCUUGCAGAACCAUCCUGGUCGCUUUUGCAAUACCUCACAGCCUGUUUAUACAACGCCAGCAGCUGUGAAUGUGACCAGGUAUUCACACAUCUGUCUCAGGUCCCGUGGAGAGUCAGAUCUUUUACCUGAAGUCUCUGGAGGGAACUAACGGUGGUAUGAUGUGGUCCAAACGUUGUAUUUUGAGGAGUGCCCCUCCCCCCCUCGCCUCCCUCUCUCCCUCCCCCAACACUUGCCAUUCAAAGUUCCUGUUAUGAUAAAAAAAAAAAAAGGAAAUGAGAUGAGAUGAGUGUUUAAAACAGUGUGUCAGGGGUCGGGGGAGGUACAGCCAUUUGUGAGGAACAGCAAAAGAAGAAGGGUGACUAUCCGUUUCACAACAAGUAUCUGCAGCGACACAACACUGUCAGGGUUGUGCAUUUUCUGAUGAAGCGUGUCUCGCCCACCUUUCAAAGGGGAAGUGUACCGCAACAGAAACCGUUGCUUAUUG